AUGGAGGAGUUAUCAAAAAACCAGAUUUUUGCUGUUCACGGAAUUGCUGGUGCUGGGUCCAUAGCUUUAGCCACAGCUUUCACCUAUCCUCUUGAUACUAUCAAAGUCCUCAUUCAGGUUGGUUCUAGUGCUGGUAAAGAAUUGAAUGCUAACCAGGUUGUUACGAGGGUAAUCUCUGUGUCUGGUAAUGCAGGUAUGUUCGGUGGUUUUGGUUGGUUGGCAUUUGGGAGGGUUUUUGGUCUAGGAGCGCGAUUUGGGGUUUAUGAGAUUUUGACAGCCGUUUGUAAAGAUGGUCGGGAAGAUAAUUAUGUCACUGCUUCUGAGGCUCUUUUGGCUGGCAUGGUUGCCGGUGGCACAGAGACAUUCAUAAGCUCUCCAUUUGAACUCAUUAAGCUUCGUGUCCAGGUUGCCUCCGCUUCAUAUGUUCCAAGCUCUAACUUUGCCUUGGAAGAGGGAGCUCGCAAACCGCUAAUUGCAAGAUUACUCAAUGGCUGCUAUCCAGACAAGAGGUCUUUGAAUCAAUAUGUUGGUCUCAUGUCAACCCUAACAACCAAGAACACCAACAUAACAGGUGCUUUACUUGAGCAUCCAUGGGCAAUGACAGGAUCUGGGAGGCCACCGUCAGUUUGCAAUGUGAAAAGGCCAUCAGAUAUUAUAUCUUUGGAAGGAUGGAGCACAUUGUGGAGAGGUCUGCGUUCUGGAAUAGCUCGAGAUUCUGUCUUUGGUGGCAUAUUUUUUUCAAGUUGGCAAUUCUUGCACCAAGCAAUGCUUGAUUGGAAGGCUGUAGGAAUGAAUCCUCCACCCAGGUUAAAUGAAGAAGUUGGUCCCUUGUCUCCUUGGGCAGUUAGUCUCGCUGCUGGAUUUUCUGGUUCAGUGGCUGCUGCUGCUUCUCAUGGUUUUGAUACUGCUAGAAGUAGAUCACAAUGUACUGUGCUUCCAAAGUAUGUUUCAAUGGAGAGAAAGUUACUAAAAUGGAAACGACCAGGAAACAAGUUCGAAAGAUUUACCGGAAUCCAUCCUUCUGACAGAAGUGUCUUGUUCCGUGGUCUCGGGUUGCGAAUGGCCCGCUCUGGUAUUGCUUCUUUCAUGAUUGUAGGAAGUUAUUUAUUCGCUGUCGAUCAUCUUGCCUCUAGUUUGACUUAG